CACAACCGAGCGACAUCACAGACGUCACAGAAAGCGUCGUGUGGCCCGUGAAAACAACAACGUAUCCAGCUGCAGUGUGCCACGUGAGGCAAGACUCCGUCACCGCAGGUGAUGCUGUGUGAUUGACAGAGGACGAACUUACCACAAGCGACCACUGGGGUCAUUGCUGCAAGGUUGAGCGACUGUCCUGUAUCCAGUUCUUGUCACACGUCUGUGGUUGAACCCACGGCUCUGCUGCUGCAGCUCGAUACAUUUCACCAUCAUGAAGAAUCUACAUUUCAAGGAUUUCUUCUGGAACUCUGACCUGACCUGCACUGGUGGCUACGAUGCCAUCAUUCAGUAUCUCAAUGAUGGCAAGAGGACAUGCAAGGAGGUGGAGGAUUUCAUGAAAGCCAGGGCCUCAAUCGAAGAGAAAUACGCCAAAGAUCUCCUUGGUUUGUCCAAGAAGGUGUGUGGACACAAUGAGAUGAACACAUUGAAAAGAUCCCUGGAUGUGUUCAAAUUACAGACGGAACAUGUGAGUCUAUCACACUUACAACUGGCACAGAGCAUGAGGGAGGAGGCCAAGAAACUGGAGGAAUUCAGAGAAAAACAAAGAGAAGCGAGGAAGAAGGUAGAGCAACAGAUCGAUGCUCUCCACAAACAGAAAUCCUCACAGUUCAAGAAGACAAUUGAUUCGAAGAAGACAUACGAGCAGAAGUGCAGAGACAAAGAAGAAGCGGAUCAGAACGUGAACCGAUACACCAACACCAACAACACUAAGCACAUGGAGAAGCUCUACUCAAAGGCACAGCAAGCGAAACAGAAUGCAGAGGAAGCAGACAGGUUAUACCAGCAGAAUCUGUCCACACUGGGAAAGGUUAGAGACGAUUGGCUGAAGGAACAUGUCAAGGCCUGUGAGAUGUUUGAAAAACAAUCAGUGGAGCGCAUCAACUUUCUGAGGAACAUAGUUUGGACUCACCUCAACCAGCUUUCCCAGCAGUGUGUGACCAGUGACGAGCUGUACGAGGAAGCGAGGCAGUCACUGGAGCAGUGUGACGUCCGGGAAGAUAUCGAGCACUUUGUAAACCUCAGGCAGACUGGUGAUAAACCGCCAGCUCCGGUUGCGUACGAGAACUUCUACACUGGCCAGAAGCCUCCGAACGGAGCUCCGCCUUCGCGACUGCCUCCACCAAUCAGCAGGAGGGGGCCAUUACCUAGUCCAACACACAGCAGCCGGGAAGAUACGAUCUACUCAACGGUGCAGGACGCAGGCUACGGUGUUUCCCCAGUUCUAACACACAGACACUGAGAGGAUGGAACAGUUACCGUGCCGUACGUCCUGUGCAGUGCUGGAGAUUUUUAUGAUGGAUAUUAGGUUUGUCUUUGUCUCUUUACUUCCUCCUGUGUGUUUUCCUCUAAAGGUUAGAUCUUGACGAGUGUCAUAAUUGUGUGACUAUAUCGUUUGGGUGCGGUUGUGUUGAACACAUAUCACUGUGUUAUAAACAGUACUGUAAACAUGAUUAUUUUAUUUUAGGGUUGUUUUGUGUAUUUUUAAAAUAAAUCGGGCUAAAAUGUUUUGUUUUGCUCAGUAGUUUGAUGAAAUUGGCAUUUUGUACUACAAUAGAGAAGUUGAUUGGGUUAUAACGGAACCAUAAAACAAAUAUUGAACUAAUUUCUAAUUAUAGUACUGCCUACUCUCCAGAUAUGGGGUCUAUUUAUAAGCAAAAUGCACCGUCUUCUGCAAAGUUGCAUCUUAAUUUAUCUUGACAAAUUUUACAGAUUGCCAUAACUGUUAUCCGCUUACUUGUUUUCAAUACCUCUUACAUGUGAGAGUGGAGUGUCUGCUGAAAGCGAUCUUUUGAGUUGAACCUCAAUACUCUUGUAUCCCAUAUCUGCAGUGUGCAGUACUUUAAAUCUGGAUGACUACAGACCUGUCACUUCAACUCAACAUCGUGACGGUCAAGAUUACGUGCUGAACAAUAGACUUAUUUCCAUUGUGUGUAACUACAAUUCAUAAGUGUGAUGAAGAUGCACAAUAUGCACAAUAUUUUCCAGAUACUGGAUUGUUGGAAUUUUUGCACUUCGAUUUAGCUUUAUAACGUAUGUUGAUAAAGUGUAAUUUGUAGAAAAAGUUACAAAUUGUGACUAAAGGGGAUUAAAUGGCAUUUCACCAUUCA